AUGACCGACACCAGCAUUGAUGAGCGCUCAACCACCUCCGACAAGGUCGCCGUCGUCCUCCCCAGGAAGAAGCGCGGACAGCCCAAGGUCCGCGGUAUGCGCGUCAGCCUCUCCAAGGAAGACAUCCAGAAGCUCUUCCACCUCCGUCAAGUCGAGGCCGCCAAGCUCCUGGGCCUGUCGCUCACUGCGCUCAAGUCGGUAUGCCGGAAAGUCGGCGUCCUCCGCUGGCCGUACUCCCGGGACAGGCAGCAGUCGACCACAUCGGGUCUGGGCUCGAGCGCGUCAAGCGGAUGGGCAGGGGAGAAGCUGGAGGAGGUCAGCGAUGCGAGCACGGAGGAUGCGUCAGGAGGAGGAGAAGAGGAGGGGAGACAUGAGGAAUGGAAGGGGAGCAGCACGCGUCGGGCAGAGGGGAGGGAAAGUUGGGAAGCGAGUGCGAAUAGCAUGUUGGUUGGUGACUUGGAGGACACCUGGGAAGAGCUAGAAGAGUGCCGGCGGGCUCUUGACGCAAAGUGGAUAGCCUGGUAUAUAUCAGCGACGGACGAGAGCAGUGUAACUCGCUGGGAUGGUUUUUCAUAG